CUGGAGUCGGCAAACAGCACACUAUGUAGAUGUGACGAGCAGCAGCCAUCCCCCAUCGGGCAGGGCGGAGUGGGUGGGGGGGGGGGCUGCCAGAUGUGGGGGCGUGGCCGGCCAUUGGCUGACAGGCAUGUGGCCGGACCUGCCGAGCGCUGUGAGCCGCACCGGGCCGUCAGUCCAGCCACGGCAGCAGAACGGACUGCCAGUCCAGCCACGGCAGCAGAACGGACCGCCAGUCCAGCCACGGCACCAGUGUGACUCUAGGAGACAGCCAUGGAGCGCGCCGUCGAGGUGGAACACCGCAGCUUCAGUCGUCCGUCGCCCUACCUGGACGGAGCCCGCACCCAGCACGAGUCCGACUUCAAAUACGCCAGGUAUCAGAAUCUGAUUAAUGGCUCUGUACCCACGGGAGCGGCCGGCGCCACAGACAGUGUCAAGGUGGAAAGGCGCACCAAGAUCGUCGACAAGAAGACAAUUGGCAUCGCUCUGUACGGUCUGGGUCGGGCUGGUGUCAUUCACCUCGGUAACCUGAUGAUCAACCCGAGGGUGUCGCUGGUGUACACCCUGGAGAGCGACCAGGCGCGCUACGACGCUAUGAAGGAGCGCUGGGGUGACAGGAUGCCGCCGAACGUGCUGCCGGCCGACAGCGGCGCGGUGCUGGCCGACCCGCGGGUGGACGCGGUGAUGGUGGCCACUCCCACGCACACGCACUUCGACAUCAUCCAGCAGGCGCUGCUCGCCGAGAAGCUGGUCUUCUCCGAGAAGCCGAUCGGGGAGAACGAGCAGCAGGCGCGGCUGUGCUACCAACUGGCUGAGCAGCGGGGCCUCUCCGUGUUCUGCGCCUUCAACCGGCGGUUCGACCCGGCCCUGCAGACGGUGCGCAGCGGAGUGCGGCGCGGCGACGUCGGUGUCGUCCACACCAUCAAAACGGUGGCGCGCGACUCACCGCUGCCCUCCAUCGACUUCCUGCGACAGUCCGGUGGCAUUUUCCACGACUGCGCCGUGCACGACAUCGACCUGAUCUGCUGGAUCCUGGGCCAGUUUCCGCUGCGGGUGCUGGCCUCAGCGUCGGCACACGUGCCGGAGAUCGCCGCGCUGGGCGACCACGACACGGCCGCCAUCGUCAUGGAGUUCGAGGGCGGCACCAUCGGCUCCAUCGACCUCAGCCGCAACGCCGUCUACGGCUACGACCAGCGCACCGAGGUGUUUGGCCCGGGAGGGCUGCUGACCGCCGGGAACGAGAGGCCUGUCAACGUGCACCACCUGACGCCCGGCGGCGAGACGGCUGUGCCCUUCUACUUCUCCUUUCCCUCCCGCUACAGCGAGAGCUACGCCAACGAGCUGGACUCCUUCCUCGACUACGUGCAGGGAAAGAUACCGCUGCCGAUUCGGCCCGAAGACAGCCUGCGCGUCAGUCAGAUUGCCUCGGCGUGCGAAGAAUCUCUCCGCACGCGGGCCUUCGUUGAGCUUGACUAUGAAUCUGCCCAAUGAAUAUUAUUCACGCAAUGUUCACUGAGUUAGGGCAGUCUCAGCGACUAGGCACGGCGCUCAACACGUCAGCUACCCUGUGUCGCCGCAAUGACGCUCCGUCUAGGCGCGUGCUGCGUUAUAGCCAGUUACGCAAAUAGGACAUAGUUAGACACAAGUGCAAGUUGUUGCUCUGUCUAUCAGACCAGAGAGCUAGCCGCAGUCCUCAACCGCCUCAUGUUUCAUUUAGCCUUACGCAUACGAUCGCCAUGGUUGAUAGGCAGUGCGGGCACAGCUGUAGGUAUGCAUUCAUCGAUAUUUGCACGUUUGAGCAAUGAUGUGACGUGCAGCGUAUCUUGUAACUAGCUGAGCAGCAUUUAACAGCACUUAAUCAAUACAGGUGUUUAUUCAAUGUUG